UCCGGCCCGCUCUCCAUCGCCCUUCCCUAAUAUGGAAGUGAUGACAGGAGCGUACCAAGCACGGCGGGGUGCCGGGGGGACCGUGCGAGAUCUCGCCGCCGCCGCGGGCCGCCGCCGCCCCACGCGCUCUCCACCGCCGUCGUCUCCUCGCUCUGUGCCGCGGCGAGCCUUCGCCGCCGUCGCCUGAGCCCUCGGCUCGAGGCAGGAGCCUCCCAUCUCCCCCCUCCCGCUGCAGUGGGAGGUCCCACGCAUCCCGGAAGAGAGGACCGGCCACUUCCGCCUGCCGGGACCAGACUGUAGCCGCCACCAUGACCGCCACGCUGCGCCCGUACCUGAACGCGGUGCGCGCCACGCUGCAGGCCGCGCUGUGCCUGGAGAACUUCUCCUCGCAGGUGGUGGAGCGGCACAACAAGCCCGAGGUGGAAGUCAGGAGCAGCAAAGAGCUGCUGUUGCAGCCCGUGAUCAUCAGCAGGAACGAGAAGGAGAAGGUCCUCAUCGAGGGCUCCAUUAACUCUGUGCGCGUCAGCAUCGCGGUGAAGCAGGCUGAUGAAAUUGAGAAGAUUUUGUGCCACAAAUUCAUGCGCUUCAUGAUGAUGAGGGCCGAGAACUUCUUCAUCCUGCGCAGGAAGCCUGUGGAGGGCUACGACAUCAGCUUCUUGAUCACAAACUUCCACACGGAGCAGAUGUACAAGCACAAGCUGGUGGACUUUGUUAUCCACUUCAUGGAGGAGAUCGACAAGGAGAUCAGUGAGAUGAAGCUCUCUGUCAAUGCCAGGGCCCGCAUCGUGGCAGAGGAGUUCCUCAAGAACACGUGGGGCCGGCGGGGCUCAGCCCGGGCUGUCCUCGCAGGGCAGGCAGCACCCGCCACCACCGGCCACCGCAGCUGCCACCACCUCUCGCUCAACCCUGAGCGGCUCAAGAGGGCCAGGCUGCAUGUGGAGAGGGCCAUCAAGGAGAAGAAGAUCUUCACAGUGCAGGGCCCCUACCCCGUCAUCCGCCGCCUGCUGCGGGCCCGGGGUUGGGUGGAGAAGAAGUUCCCCUGCACGGGCAGGGAGGGAGGUGAUGGUGCUGAGCAGGGGGGGGCAGUGCUGGACACCCAGCUGGGGUCAGCAUGCUGUGGGGCUCAGCCUUCCCUGGGGACCCCAGAGCCCCUGGGCUCCCCACGGCCACCCGAGGAGGAGGAGGAGGAGGAGGAAGAGCCGUGGGAUGAGGACCCCGAUGGCAUCCAUGACCUCAUGUCCCGCCUGGUGCGGGACCAGGUGCCGUACUUCAUCUGGACGAACCGCCAUGGUGCCAUCGACUGCCGGCUGCUGCGGCAGGACCAGGUGGUGAACCACUAUGCCCGGGUGGGUGCCUUCACCACCAAGGAGGGGCUGUGCCUCAACCUCCGAAACCUGCCCUGGUUCGACCAAGCUGACCCCGAUGCCUUCUUCCCCCGGUGCUACCGGCUGGGGGCCGCGGAUGAGCGGCAAGCCUUCAUCGAGGAUUUCCACCUGACGGCAGCUCGCAGUCUGCUUAAAGUGGCCCUGGAGAGGGCUGGGGACACGCCAGCAGGGACAGAGCAGCCCCCAAAAUCCAGCAAGGGGCCAGCAGGGCCAGGGUCCCCCCUGUCCCCCCAGCUGGUGGAGGAGGCCCUGCAGGUCUGUAGGCAGCACCUGGGCAGCCUGGGGCACCAGGACAUCGAUGGGGACCCCCCGUCCCCCUGCAUGACGGGUGCCAGCUGGGACCGCUUCCGACAGGACUACUACCGUGUGGUGCACAUGGUGGGGCUGGUGCUGAGCCCCCCGCAUCCCCUCGCAGUGAGGGGGUCCGGUUUAGUGCUGAGCGGGGCACAGCAGGAGCAGUCCCGGGCCCUGCUGUGGCACCUGGGGGGGCGGCUGCCCCAGCUCGGCAUGGAGGGCGACCGCAAUGUCUGGAUCCUCAAGCCCGGCGCCAAAUCCCGCGGCAGGGGCAUCGUCUGCAUGGCACGGCUGGAGGAGGUGCUGCGGCUGGCAGGGGUCUGCACGGCACCCUCGGCAGAGGUGGGCAAGUGGGUGGUGCAAAAGUACGUGGAGCGGCCGCUGCUCAUCUUUGGCACCAAAUUUGAUGUCCGGCAAUGGUUCCUGGUGACCGACUGGAACCCGCUGACCGUCUGGUUUUACCGCGAGAGCUACCUGCGCUUCUGCUCCCGGCCCUUCUCCCUGCGCCGCCUGGACCCCGCCCGGCACCUCUGCAACGUCUCCAUCCAGAAGCAGUACAGGCCGGCGCGGAGCUGGCACCCCCGGCUGCCCCUGGACCAGACCUGGUCCUGCCGACAGCUCCAGGCGUACCUGGCACAGGUGGGGCAGGCGGACGCCUGGCACCAGGUGAUGGUUCCUGGCAUGAAGGCGGCGGUGGUGGGCGCCCUGCGCAGUGCCCAGGACCUGGUGGGGUCCCGCAAGGGCAGCUUCGAGCUCUACGGGGCUGACUUUGUUUUUGGAGAGGAUUGCCAGCCCUGGCUGCUGGAGAUCAAUGCCAGCCCCACCAUGGCCCCCUCCUCGGCGGUGACCAGCCGGCUGUGUGCCGAUGUCCAGCGGGACACCCUGCGUGUGGUAAUCGACCGCAGGGAUGACCCCACCUGCCCCACUGGCGCCUUCGAGCUCAUCUACAAGGAGGCGGCCGUGCCCGUGCCUCUGUAUGUGGGGCUGAAGCUGAUGGUGGAAGGCUGCUCCCUGAGGAAGCCCCAGCCGGCACAGCACCGAUCCCGGGGCAAGCCCCCCACUGCUGCGCCCUGUGCCCCCCAGCCCCCUGUGCACCCCAGCCCCUGGCGUAGAGCCACCCGAGUCCCCCAGCCAGGGGCAGGGUGGGGGGAGCCGGCUCCUCUGGAGCAAUGGAGCCAUCGCUGUCCCCCCGGCUCUGUUCCCCCAGCACCACUGCAGCCCCCGGGCUGCUAUGCCGGGAGCCGGGGGCUGCCACAGCUCAGCCGCCUGCUCAGGCAGCCCCAGCCAGCUCUGCCCCAGCUUAGCAUCCGUCCCCUGGGCAGGGCACCCGUCCCACCACCCUGGGGAGCCCCCGGCAGCCCCUGGGGACCCACAGGCUGGCCCCCCUCCUCCCCUCCUGCCAGGGUGCUGCGCCCACCCGGACUGGCACCCUGCGCCUGGACCCUGUGCCCCUGCCCGGGGCAGCCAAGCCCUGCUGUGGGGAGGAGGCACACGGCAGCUCCCCGGGGCGGGCAGAAGAGCUGUGACACUGAAGGACACCCAGGAGGGGACAGCACCCUGCCCCAUCCAGCCGGGGCAACACGGCGGCACCCAGCUCCCCCUCACCCCAGCCAGACCCCAGCGCUGGGUGGGGGCACCCAGCCCACCCCCCGCAGGGGCUGCAAAACACGUCUGUGACAGGGAGCCUGCCUC